GUAGAAUUGUUUGUGAUUUAUUUGUAUUAUAUGUCGAGAUGCAGAAAGUAACAUUCGUAGUUCUCUGCGGUCUGACCGCAAUCUUGGCUGGACCUCCAACCAAGUUGGGAUCCAGAGUCAUCGGUGGUUCCGCAGCCACCCUUGGUCAGUUCCCAUACCAAGUUGCCAUCAGAUACGACAACUGGCAUCUCUGCGGAGGUUCCAUCCUCGACGCGACCACCAUCCUCACCGCCGGACACUGCGUCAAGGAUUCUCACCCAUCCCAGAUGACCGUCAUCGCCGGAACCAUCCAUCUUUCCGGUGAGGGUCAAGAGAGCAAAAUCAACAGCGUCAGGUUACACGGAAAGUUCGCCGUCUCUUUGGAGAACGACAUUGCUAUCUUGAAGCUGACCACCCCGUUGAAGUUCAACGAGAACGUGAAACCAAUUGUCUUGCCAACCACCUCCAUCAAGGGAGACAGCGAGGUCCUUUUGAGCGGAUGGGGAACUACCAGCUACCCAGGAAACGUCCCGGACGGCCUCAGGUUUAUCAACCUGAAGACCAUGGAUAGCGAGACCUGCAACCGCCUGCAAAACUGGGAAGUCUUCAGCUCUCAAGUCUGCACCUUCACCAAGGCCGGAGAGGGCACCUGUCAGGGAGAUUCCGGUGGCCCAUUGGUCGAUGCCAACGGUGCCCAAGUCGGUAUCGUCUCAUGGGGAACCUUCUGCGCUGUCGGAGAUCCAGAUGUCUACACCAGUGUCUACCACUUCUUGGACUGGAUCGAAGAGAACAGGCACUAAACACUCAUGUAUUUCUUAAACAAAUAAAUUUAAUUCCAAAAUA